AUGGCGUCACUCGUCGUGCUGACGAGCCUGUGGCCCGUGGCACGCGUGCUGGUGCUGCUGCUGCUCUGGUACUCCUUCAGCACCGCGCUCAGCCUGUACAACAAGAUGCUGAUAGGGCAGCAGCACGGCCGCUUCCCCGCGCCCCUGCUGCUCACUGCCUUCCACUUCGCCCAGCAGGCGCUCAUGGCCUCCGCGCUGCUGCACUCCGCCUUCCCCUCCGCGCUGCCCCCGCUCCCCCUCUCCUCCCAUGACUACUGCCUCCGAGUCAUUCCCACAGCGGUGGCAACAGCAGUGGACAUCGCUCUCUCUAAUCAGUCCCUCGCUUAUAUCACACUCACCUUCUACACCAUGUGCAAGUCCAGUGCGCCCAUGUUCCUGCUGCUCUUCGCCUUCAUCUUCAGAUUGGAGCCCAUCAGCUUCCGUCUCAUCGGAGUCAUGAUGCUCAUCUCCGUGGGCGUGCUCUUCACAGUGGCGGGCGAGGCAUCGUUCCACCUGUGGGGAUUUGUGCUCGUCAUGCUCUCUGCCAUGGCAUCAGGCCUGCGAUGGGUGCUCAUCCAAGUGCUGCUGCAGAAAGAUCGCCUCGGUCUGAGCAGCGCGCUGGUGUCGCUAGCAUACCUCACGCCCCCCAUGGCCGUCACCUGCGCUCUCUUCUCGCUCGCCCGCGAGCCGCUCGCCUCGCUGCCCACCUCGCCCUACUUCUCCCCGCCCGAGCACCUCGCGCCCACCAUGCUGCUGCUGCUGCUGGGAGGCGUGCUCGCCUUUCUCAUGAUCAUGUCGGAGUUUCUGCUCAUCCUGCACACCAGCGCCGUCACCUUCUCUGUGGCUGGUACAGUGAAAGAAGGCGCCACCAUUCUGGUGUCCCAUCUGGUGUUCUCGGACCGCUUCACGCGUGUGAACCUGGUGGGCCUGCUCAUCAUCAUGAUUGGUGUUUCGCUCUUCAACCUGCACAGGUGA